AUGUCCAAUUUCCAAGAAUAUACGUACGAAUUGGCCGAGCUCGACAGGCAAUUCAAAACACAGAACCCGACAGAUGUGUUGCAGUUUUGCUACAAUUACUUCGGAAACAGAUUACAACAGCAAAGACAGUAUUUGUGGAGUCAGAAACAAAAGGCUGCAUCGCAGGGACUUGUUUUGUUCCCGUCUGCAGACGAGUCUGCUCAGGAGGCCCAGCGGAAGUCAAUUCCGCAAUUCAAAUACACAUUGUCGGACAACGACCCUCAUACCAAGCAUCAGGCACUAGACUCGGAAGAUCCUCAGGCCAAAUCCACCACAGAACCUGCAGCAGGACUGUUCAGAACCUCGUUCGAGUCAUCUCCAUUUAAUACGUCAGCACCUACGUCCAAGGCCAGUUUGGGACCUACGGACAGUGUCGAGACGGCAAAGCCGACCAGCCGGUCUGGGUUUGCGGCCUCUGCUGCAAAGACAACCAUGAGAAUCAACGCCAACAGAAGAACCAGUGUUUCUGCAGAGGCCUUGAACCCAGACACGUUUGGUGAAGACGGCUGGAAACCUCCUGUUCAUCAAUUCACUUCUGAGCAGCUGCAACGACUGAACGCAAGUGUGAUCAAAAACUUUCUAUUUAGCCAAUUGGAUCAAGAGUCUUUGAAAACCAUCAUCUUCGCUUUGGAGGAAAAACACGUUCCGCAAGGUUUUGAGAUCAUCAAACAGGGCGACGAGGGAGACUUCUUCUACGUGGUGGAGAGGGGCAGUGUGGAUUUCUACGUCAAUGGACAGAAGGUGAACAGUUCGGGCCCAGGCUCGUCUUUUGGUGAGCUUGCGCUCAUGUACAACUCGCCAAGAGCCGCCACUGCAAUUGCACAAUCCGAGUGUAUUCUGUGGGCUUUGGACAGAAUGACGUUCAGACGUAUUCUUCUGGAAGGCACUUCCAAGAAGAGAACCAUGUACGAAAACUUCCUCAAGGAGAUUCCUGUUUUGAAAUCUCUUUCGUCAUACGAGCGCUCGAAGCUGGCAGAUGCGCUUAACACAGAAACCUAUACUGUUGGCCAGAAUGUGGUCACUGAAGGUGAGGCAGGAGAGAAUUUUUAUUUCAUCGAAGACGGUACUGCCGACGUGAUCAAACAAGGACAAGGAGUUGUUACCAAGCUUAACAAGGGUGAUUAUUUCGGAGAGCUUGCGCUUCUAUAUGACUCUCCACGUCAAGCCACGGUGAAGGCUUCUAGCACGCUGAAAGUUGUCACUUUGGACAAGAGCGGGUUCCAGAGACUGCUUGGACCUGCUGUUGAAGUUUUGAAAUUACAGGACCCUACAAAACAUUGA